ACAGAGGAGGCAGCCUGAAAAGGAAGCACGACUCGCUUAUCGCGUCAUUCUGGGUUUAGGCGUUGAGCAGGAAACAGCCUUUCCUCUCGGAUUGUCGCAGUAGGAACAAACACACAAUUUUGUCUUUGCUCAAUGCACCCCUCGGCACAGAACACGCGGAAGCCGGCCAGAAGGAAAAAUGCCUCCUUCGAUAGAGAUUGCUGUUCUGCUUCUCGGCGUCCUGGCUCUGGAGACGCGCCGGAGCGCCAGCGCGCUGCACAUCCAACAGGCUUUCGCGUCUCCAAACCAGACCAAUAACUUUGUGGUGGACCCGGUCUCCAGAAAGGUCUACCUGGCUACCGUCAACUCCGUUUACCAGCUGAACGGGACCCUGACUCUGGAGGUGGAGAAGAGGACCGGGCCGGUGGAGGACAACCUGUUGUGCCACGCGCCACAGCUGCCCCAGGCUCCGUGCGAGCAUCCCAAAUCCCUCACCGACAACCACAACAAGCUCCUGAAGCUGGACCCGGAGCAGGGGGUCGUGGUGGUGUGCGGAUCCGUGUAUCAAGGCUUCUGCGAGCUCAGAAAAAUGGGAAAUAUUUCUGAGAUCGCGGUGGAGUUUCCCCCUCAGGGAGAGAAGACUGUUUUCCCCAGCAUGCUCAACAUCGCUGCCAAUCACCCGAACGCGUCCACGGUGGGGCUCAUCUUCAGGAGCCACGGGGGAAACACCCGGCUCCUCGUCGGGGCGACGUACACAGGGGCUGGUACCCAGUUUUUCCCCAAGAACCACAGCAAGGAGGACCUGCGCUUCGAGAACACCCCGGAGAUCGCCAUCCGCUCCCUGAACAUUAAGGAUUUAUCCAGACUUUUCACCUAUGACAUCAACCCGUCAGAGGAUAAUGUGUUCAAGAUAAAACAAGAGGUCAAAACCAAAAACAAACUCAACUUCGUCCAUGCCUUCAUCCAGAAGACUUAUUCCUAUAUUGCCUUUAACAAUGACGCGAAAAUGGGCCACAAGGAGAGUCAGCCGAACAGCAUCCUGGCCAGGAUCUGUCUGGACACCGACAACCCCAGGAAGCCCAGCGGGCCGGAGAGCAGGAAGCUCACCGAGUCCUACAUCCAGAUGCCCCUGCAGUGUGGAUUUAACGGGAACAUUUACAACCGGCUGCUGUCCGUUUACCCGGCGGAGAUCCACGCCGGAGGCGGGCGCAGCUCGGAGCCCUACCUGUUCGGAGUGUUCUCCAAAGCGGACAGAAAGUCCGCCCUGUGCGCCUUCAGGUUCGGAGACAUCGAGGAGGAGAUCCGACAGGGCCGGAGGAACUGCUCCAACUCCCCCAGCAGCGACGUCCAGGUGCUGGACAGCGUCAUCCAGGGCUCCGGGGCCGCCUGCGUCCAGAAGGGCAACCUGGUGCUGCAGCCCGAGCAGCUGGACUGCGGCGCGGCCCACCUGCAGCACCCCCUGGCUCUGCAGAGGUCCCUGAGGGCCGUGCCUCUCUUCGAAUACCCGGGCCUCACGUCGGUGUCCGUGGACAACGUCCACGAGCACGCCGUGGUUUUCCUGGGGACCAGUAACGGACGGCUUCGUAAGCUGACCCUGCUGGCGAACAUGACCGUGGCGAAUCAGUGGACUCUGAAGCUGCGCUCCAGUGAGGCCGUCCACCAUAUCAUGACCUUCGACCCCAAUGACAGCAACUUCCUCUAUGUCAUGACCUCCCACCAUAUGCUGAGGGUUAAAGUGGCAGACUGUGACCAGUGGCAGAGCUGCAGCGACUGUCUGGGAGCAGGUGACGCCCACUGUGGCUGGUGCACUCUGGAGAAUCGAUGUACCAUCCAGAAGGAGUGCGCUCAGGGCCAGUUGGCUCGCUCCUGGAUCAGCAUGAGCGAAGGCCCCCAGCAGUGUCCGUCCAUGACCCUGACGCCCCCAGAGAUCAGCAUCGCCGCCGACAUCAAGAACGUUGGCAUCCUGAUAAACGGCAGCGUCCCCGACCUGAUCGGCUCCCGGGUGGAGUGCGAGUACCGGCCGGGCGUCUCCACCGACGCCACGGUGCACCUGGACUACGGCACGGCUCAGAUCCAGACCUGCCCCCUGCUCCCCCCGGACAGCUUCCAGCCGAUCCCCCGUGGCAAAGAUCAUCUGACUGUUUCUGUGGCGAUAAAAGUGAAUGGCACAUCUGUGGUAUCAGGCAGCUUCAUCAUCUACGACUGCGAGAGGACUGGAGCAAUACACCCCAAGAUGUCAUGUGUGAGCUGCCUGAGCGCCAGGUGGAAGUGUUACUGGGAUCCGGAGAAUCACCUCUGCGUCUCCAGUAAAGAUGAGUCAAAGCCCGGCCUGCUGGAGAGCGCCGCUUCCUGCCCCAGCCUGGUCGCCUCCGAGGUUCCUCCAGCGCCGUCGGGAGCGGCCCAGGACUUCACUCUGACCCUGAGCAACGUCCAGGAGAUGGAGAAGCUGGAGUGCGACUUUGGGACGGAGCAGCGAUAUGAAGCUUCAUGGCUCAACGGCUCCACUGUCAAGUGCAGCGGAGUGACACUGCUCACUAAUCAGAGAAGUCAGAUUUACCAUCUCAGCCUGAGGAGAACGGGAUCCUUUGCCGGACCGAGUGAGGAUACGUUUGUUGACAGCCCUCAGCCGAUGACAGUGGAGGUGUACAACUGCGGCGUGGGCAGUGUGGACUGCUCCCAGUGCUGGGGCCGGGAGGACCAGGGUCACCUCUGCGGCUGGUGCGAAAACAGCUGCAGGCCCAGAGACGACUGUCAGCCCGUGAAGGACAGCUGUCCCGCUCCUGACAUCCACAAGAUCUCCCCCCUCAGGGGUCCGGUGGAAGGAGGCACCCUGCUGACAGUACAGGGCAGGAACCUGGGCCGGAGGGCCGGCGCUGUGAAGGUCUUCAUCGGAGAUGUGCCGUGCUCUCUACUUCCUGAUCUCUACACUGUUUCCACGGAGCUGGUGUGUGUUACUGGGAGGUCGGCUCAUGACAGGCCAGAUAUCGUCCAAGUGGACGUGGAUCAGAGCGGGACGGGGAUGUCAAAGGAGAGCUUCUCGUACUUGGUCCCAAAGCUGGCGUCCAUGGAGCCGAGGAAAGGCCCGCGCGCCGGGGGAACCAGAGUGACCCUCCGGGGCGAACACCUGGACAUUGGCUCUCGGGUUAGAGUCAUGGUCAACGACACACUGGAAUGCGUCAUCACAGAGAAAACAGAUGACGUGAUUGAAUGUACCAUGCCUGCUGCCUUGCAUGCAAACACCGACUCAGUGUCGGUGUGUGUGGAGUUUGAAGAUCUCAUCUGUCAGGAUGUGGAGCUGAGCACCACAUACACCUAUGAGAAGAACCCGGUCAUCAGCUUUAUCCAUCCAAAGAGGAGCUUCCUCAGUGGUGGCAGGACCAUCACAGUGACAGGCCAAGGUUUUGAUCUGGUGCAGAGUGUCACCAUGCAGGUGCUGGGAAUUGGACAAACGCACUGCUCCGUCCUCUCCACCUCCUCCAUCAUCUGCCCGUCUCCGCCGUCCAGCCAGUCCCAGCAGACCUCGGUGCAGUUCUACCUGAACGGGGUCCUGUACACGGGGGACAGCCCCCUGUCCCUCGACAGCGAGCCCGAGGAAGAGGAGGAGGAGCUUCAUAAGGGUCACUUUCUGCUGGAGUACGUGGAGAACCCCCAGUUCUUCACCGCCAACAAGGAGAAGCUGAUUAAACACCAUUCAGGGGAACCGCUGACGCUCAUCAUCAAUAAAGUGCCGAGCGAUCUGGAGCUGGUGCCGGAGGAGUACUCGGUGAUGAUUGGCUCCUAUCCCUGUAACAUCAGCUUCCAUAAUGACCAGCUGUUCCACUGCACCAUCAACGGCCUGCUGAGCUCCAGCGAGCGGGAGCUGCCUGUCACUGUGCAGGUCGGGAACUUUCAUCACACCAUCGCCAAAGUGCAGCUCGGCGGCAGCGAGCUGGCCAUCGUGGUAUCCAUUGUGGUGUGUUGUGUGUUGCUGCUGCUGUGCACUGUGGCUCUCGUAGUGUAUUGCACAAAGAGCCGAAGGGCAGAACGCUACUGGCAAAAAACUCUGCUACAAAUGGAGGAGAUGGAGUCCCAGAUCAGAGAGGAGAUACGUAAAGGCUUUGCAGAGCUGCAGACAGACAUGACAGACCUGACCAAGGAGCUGAAUCGGAGCCAGGGCAUCCCCUUUCUGGAGUACAAACAGUUUGUCACUCGCACGUUCUUCCCCAAGAUGUGCUCGGAUUAUGAGAAGAGCCUGGUCCAGCCCGCCUAUGAGAACGACGGCCUGGGCCCCCGCGCGCUGCCGGAGACCCACCCACUGCUGCAGGACUGGCAGGCCACCAACACAACGAGGCCGAACGUGGAGGAGGGCAUCACUCUCUUCUCCACUCUCCUCAACAACAAGCACUUCCUCAUCACCUUCGUCCACGCGCUGGAGCAGCAGAAGGACUUCGCCGUGCGGGACAGAUGUAGUCUCGCGUCUCUGCUCACCAUCGCCCUCCACGGCAAACUGGAGUACUACACCAGCAUCAUGAAGGACCUGCUGGUGGACCUGAUCGACGCCUCCGCUUCCAAAAACCCCAAACUGAUGCUGCGUCGCACCGAGUCCGUCGUGGAGAAGAUGCUGACGAACUGGAUGUCCAUCUGCAUGUACAGCUACCUCAAGGAAACAGUGGGCGAGCCCUUUUUCCUGCUGCUGUGUGCAAUCAAGCAGCAAAUCAACAAGGGCUCCAUCGACGCCAUCACGGGGAAGGCUCGCUACACCCUCAAUGAGGAGUGGCUGCUCCGCGAGAAUAUUGAGGCCAAGCCGCAGAACAUCAACGUGUCGUUCCAGGGCUGCGGGAUGGACUCGCUGUCCGUCAAGGUCAUGAAUACCGACACAAUCUGCCAAGUUAAGGAAAAAAUCAUAGAAGCCUUUUAUAAAAACCUGCCAUUCUCCCAGUGGCCCCGGGCGGAGGACGUAGACCUGGAGUGGUUCGACUCCGGCAGCAACAGUAAGCUUCUGCAGGACCUGGAUAACUCCUCAGUGAUGGAGGACGGCCGAAAGAAGCUCAACACAGUCUUCCAUUACCAGGUCCCAGAGGGGGCAUCGUUGGCCAUGAGCAUGAAAGACAAGAAAGAGAACACCCUGGGGAGAGUGAAAGAUCUGGAUACUGAGAAGUAUGUACACUUGGUCCUACCUCAUGAUGAGCUUAUGGAGACCAAGAGGUCACACAGGCAGAGCCAUCGCAAGAAAGUGCUGCCUGAGAUCUACCUGACACGUCUGCUCUCCACCAAGGGAACUCUUCAGAAGUUCCUGGACGACCUCUUCCAGGCUAUCCUCAGCAUCCCUCUGGACCGCCCUCCGCUGGCCGUCAAGUACUUUUUCGACUUCCUGGAGGAGCAGGCUGACAAACGGGGCAUCACAGACCCAGACACGCUGCACAUCUGGAAAACCAACAGUUUACCUCUGCGGUUCUGGGUGAACAUCCUGAAGAAUCCUCAGUUUGUGUUCGACAUUGAUAAGACGGAUCACAUGGACGCAUGCCUGUCUGUAAUUGCCCAGGCCUUCAUCGACGCCUGCUCCAUUUCUGAUCUGCAACUUGGCAAGGACUCCCCCACCAACAAGCUGCUGUAUGCCAAGGAGAUCCCGGAGUACAAGAAGAGAGUGCAGUGCUACUACCAGCAGAUACAGGAGAUGGCCCCGCUCAGCGAGCAGGAGAUGAACGCUCACCUGGCCGAGGAAUCGAGAAAAUACAGGAAUGAAUUCAACACCAACCUGGCCUUGACGGAAAUCUACAAAUAUGCCAAGAGAUAUAGGAGCCAGGUGGUGAGCGCUCUGGAGUCGAACCCCACCGCACGUCGCACUCAGCUGCACCACAAGUUCGAGCAGGUCAUCGCCCUGGUGGAGGACAACAUCUAUGAGUGCUGCAGCGAAGCCUGACCGGACCCGUUUGCCGUCUCGUCCUCCUGCUGCCAGCUGCCUUUUCUCCCGCUUUCCACGGUUACUUGGGAAUGUCAGUCACUAAGGAGUCGUCCCUCAUAAGUGUCAUUAUUGUUCCCACGGACUGCCGCAGGGGUGAAAAACAGCAAAAAAAAAAAAAAAAGAAAAAUACAGCAGAGCGAAAGGACUGAAACCUGCCUUUCAAGCGUCAUACAUUUGCAGAGUGUUCCUCAUUUCAACUGGGGACGCCACGCAGUUUUCCCAAGUCUUUUCCGGUGGCGCAGACAGAAUUCCAGUCUCGUCGAUUCUACAGUAGAGGGAAUGUGUAGGAGCUCAGAUUAGGCUUCUUGUGGAUGUCUUUAAAGAUGCUGGGGCCUGCAGUAAGCCCCGGUGGCAAUCUUUACGCACUGAACCCUUUUCUUAAGGGAACGAGCCAAUGAUGCACUGUACUGUAAUAUAUGUCCAUAGCAAUAUUUAUAGAUGUGUUAUAAUGCUUUCAAGUGACCUGCUUAUCAAGAUUAGUUGGGCCGUCAUAAAAAUCCUCCCGUCUCCUAAAACCUGCAACGUUCUCAGGUGUGACUGGUGAAGAUGAGCGACUGACUCUCAUUUGGUGCUUGAACUUAAUGUCCCAAUGUGCUUUGCAGGUUUAUGAUGGAUCGAGGGGGGGGAGUGGAGAGAGAAGAAUAUAAAUGACUGAAAUUUAUGAAAUCAAGUGUAAUGCGGCUCACUGGGAAGAGCUGCACCGAUGUAAAAGUGUUGAUCAGUGUGAUUGUGUAAACGAAUGAGUAUAACGUGUUGGAUUCUGAUCCGUUUAAAAAGAGGGAAAAUUUACAUUUAAGAAA